AUGAACGGAGCGGUGGACUCGAACCAGCACCCUCUUUCUGACGGCGCCUUCCUCUUCACCUCUGAGUCUGUGGGAGAGGGACACCCCGACAAAAUCUGUGACCAGAUCAGCGACGCCGUUCUGGACGCUCACCUGAGGCAGGACCCGGACGCCAAAGUGGCGUGCGAGACGGUGUGUAAGACGGGCAUGGUGCUGCUCUGUGGGGAGAUCACGUCCAGGGCCAACGUGGACUACCAGAAGGUGGUGCGAGACGUCAUCCAGAGCAUCGGCUACGACGACUCCGAGAAAGGGUUCGACUAUAAGACCUGCAACCUGCUGGUGGCGCUGGAGCAGCAGUCCCCAGACAUCGCUCAGGGCGUCCACGUGGACCGGGUGGAGAGCGACAUCGGAGCCGGAGACCAGGGCCUGAUGUUCGGAUACGCCACCGAUGAGACGGAGGAGUGCAUGCCGCUCACCAUCGUCCUCGCGCACAAGCUCAACGCCAAGAUGGCCGAACUGCGGCGGAACGGGACCGUCCCCUGGCUCCGCCCAGACUCCAAGACCCAGGUGACGGUCCACUACGCCCAGGAAGGGGGUGCGGUGGUCCCGAAGAGGGUCCACACGGUGGUGGUGUCGGCGCAGCACGACGACAGCGUGAGCCUGGAGGAGCAGAGGAGAGUCCUGAAGGAGGAGGUGAUCCAAGCCGUGGUGCCGUCCCGGUACCUGGACCAGGACACCGUCUACCACCUGCAGCCCAGCGGCCGCUUCGUCAUCGGGGGGCCGCAGGGCGACGCCGGCGUGACGGGCAGGAAGAUCAUGGUGGACACGUACGGCGGCUGGGGGGCCCACGGCGGGGGGGCCUUCUCCGGGAAGGACUCCACCAAGGUGGACCGCUCGGCGGCGUACGCCGCCCGCUGGGUGGCCAAGUCCCUGGUGAAGGCCCGGCUGUGCCGGCGGGUGCUGGUGCAGGUGGCGUACGCCAUCGGGGUGUCCCACCCGCUCUCCAUCGCCCUCUUCACCUACGGCUCGUCUCAGCGGAGCCAGAAGGAGCUGCUGCAGAUCGUCAACAGGAACUUCGACCUCAGGCCGGGGGUCAUCGUCAGAGAGCUGGACCUGAAGAGACCCAUCUACCAGAAGACGGCCUGCUACGGACACUUCGGCAGGAAGGAGUUUCCCUGGGAAGUCCCCAAAAACCUCAGCUUCUAGUG